UAAAAAAAACAAAGAGAAUGAUCACCCUUCGGUUUGACUAUUGAUGACAUGGGAAAGAUACACGGCCAAAUACAUGUCUCAAUUUAAGCCGUAAAGAUGUCAAAUGUGCGAUGAAGUCGAAACCUAACCAAACAUCCCAAGACCUCAUCCAAUUAAAGUUGGCUGUUAUUUGUCACUCCCAAGGUACAAAUUCACAAAACGCAUAUUGUCCCCAACCCUCAGAAUCUUCCUUUUCAUUUUUUUUUUUUGGCUCAAUUCAAUUAAUGCGCGUGUCACCCUCUGUACAGUGUAUAUUAUCUCACCAAAACACAUAAAAAAAAAAAACUCCACCAAACUCACACAAACAACACACCAAAAUCCUUCCUUUGUGGCCACAAACUUAUCCCCAAGAUUUCCCCUCUCUCUCUGUCUCUCUCUUAGCCAAUAGCCAUUAAUUUCCAAAAACCCCACAAACACUUUGUUCUCUUCUCUUCUCUAAACCCAUUUCUUGUUCUUACUUCUUAGGCCAUAAAACAUCACCAUGGAAAUCAUAGAUUAAGUUUGUUUGUUUGUUUGUUUUUUUUCAAUUCCACUUUGUAAAUUCAGAUAUGAAUAACUCUUCAACCGUGGCUCAAGAGCCUAGUCCCGUCUACGACUUGGUAUCCCAAUUGGGUCGUUUUGCUUUCACUUCCAGGUUUCGCAAUUUCGGCUCUGAUGGGCACUCUUCUUUCCUCUCCAAUUUCAUGUACUGCGACUCAUUUUCCGGGAAAAAACUCGAGGCCGGUGCUUCCCUCAGUUUGAGCAGUAAAAGCAGUUCGAAUAUUAGGAAAAUCGUGAUUCAGUUCAACAGAGCUAUUAGGCUUCACUGCGAGAGGAUUCCGAUUGGGUUCGCUUCGGUUAGGAUUGGUUCUGGGGAUAAUAGUGGUCCCGGGAAUAAUAACAAUGGCGGUGGGGACAGUAACAAUGGACUGAAAGAGCACGGAAUCGGUAUUUUGGAGGAUGAUGGCUUGGCCUUGAAUGGCGUGGAAGCUGAGAACCCGAAAAAGGUUCUGAUUUUGAUGAGUGAUACUGGUGGCGGUCACCGAGCUUCUGCGGAAGCCAUAAAGGCUGCUUUCCAUGAAGAAUUUGGUUAUGAAUAUCAGGUUUUUGUUACCGAUUUGUGGACGGAUCAUACGCCUUGGCCAUUUAAUCAACUUCCCAGAAGCUAUAAUUUCUUGGUGAAACAUGGGCCGCUAUGGAAGAUGACAUAUUAUGGAACUGCACCUCGAGUUAUACAUCAGUCCAAUUUUGCUGCAACUUCAACGUUCAUAGCUCGAGAGGUUGCAAAAGGACUGAUGAAGUACCAGCCGGAUAUUAUUAUCAGUGUACAUCCACUAAUGCAACAUGUACCACUUCGUAUCUUGAGGUCAAAGGGUCUGUUGGAGAAGAUCGUGUUUACGACAGUAGUUACUGAUCUUAGCACUUGCCAUCCUACAUGGUUUCAUAGGCUUGUAACAAGAUGCUAUUGCCCAACAGCUGAGGUAGCAAGAAGGGCACAGAAAGCUGGACUCAAACCUUCCCAAAUCAAGGUUUAUGGCCUCCCUGUACGACCUUCAUUUGUCAAGCCCGUUAGGCCAAAGGUUGAACUAAGGAGGGAACUGGGUAUGGAUGAGGAUCUUCCUGCUGUGUUGCUGAUGGGAGGGGGUGAAGGGAUGGGCCCUAUCGAGGCUACUGCUCGGGCUCUUGGUGAGGCAUUGCACGAUGACGUUCUUGGGGAGCCAACAGGCCAGGUUCUUGUGAUAUGCGGUCGCAACAAAAAGCUCGCCAAUAAAUUGCGUUCAAUGAAUUGGAAAGUUCCUGUCCAGGUGAAAGGCUUUGUCACUAAAAUGGAGGAAUGCAUGGGAGCUUGUGACUGCAUUAUUACCAAGGCAGGCCCUGGGACUAUCGCAGAAGCCAUGAUAAGAGGGGUGCCUAUCAUUUUGAAUGAUUACAUUGCGGGGCAGGAAGUUGGGAACGUGCCUUAUGUGGUUGAAAAUGGAUGUGGGAAGUUCUCAAAAUCUCCAAAGGAAAUAGCGAAUAUAGUUGCUCAAUGGUUCGGUCCGAAAGCUGAUGAGCUCAAGGCCAUGUCACAAAAUGCACUAAAGCUGGCAAAGCCUGAUGCUGUGUUUAAGAUUGUUCAUGAUCUUCACGAGCUUGUUAGACAAAAAAGCUAUAUACCCCAGUAUUCAUGUACACCUUAAACUUUUUGUUUCCCAAAAAGCAAUUUUUGCAAUGAGCUUCCAUGGAUAGAUAGUCUUGCGUCGUUGAGCAAAAUGGAAUUUUCUACUAUGCCCUUUUCAUUCCAUUACGAUUGUCUUUUAGAAUGACGCUUGGUUUUUUUGCCAGCAUGGAAGUCUUGUCCAUAAGCAGAUUCCAUCUCGUCUAGAAGCAGGUAUCCCCUUGUUGUAACUGUCUUUAUUAUAUAAACAAAGAACAAAAGCCAACGAGAGCUGUUUUUUUCUUG